GCCUUGGUAUCCUGAGUUGAUAUGAAGCUCCUCCUAAUGUUUCUUGUUGACCUCCAUGCAGUCCGGCCAUCUAAACCCGUGGUUGUCACGUGAUUUUAUCGCGGAGUGACAUCACGCGCUAGCCUGCUGACAUAAUGCUGGGCUCCCUGUGGUUGGAGGCGAGCGAAUCACGGGGCGCGCUAAACCGUCUUUUGCUCGUCAAACCGCAACGUCCGACUUCCGUGAUAAUCCCACCGUCUGUCAUCGCAAGAACGCAGUCUCCAAACCGCCAUUAUGUUCCCUCAGCGCAGCCUCCUUCGUCUUUCCCGUGCGGCUCCCGUCCGCUCUGCCGUGCAGCGUCGCUUCAACAGCUCCGAGUCCAAGCUUCCCUCGUGGGCCGUCGACAACGAGUUCAACCGUGAGAGAGAGGCCGUCAAGCACCACGCUGCUUCCACCAGUGACCUCUGGAGGAAGCUCUCCAUCUACGCCGUCAUCCCUAUCCUCAUUGCUGGCGGUGUCAACUCCUACAACCUCUGGACCGAGCACUGGGAGCACUGGGCUCACAUGCCCCCUCUCGAGGAGCGUACCGAGUACCCCUACCAGAACAUCCGUGUGAAGAACUUCCCCUUCGGAGAUGGCGACAAGACCAUCUUCUGGAACUCCGACGUCAACUACCACAACAAGGACAAGGCUACCUAAGCUGUCUCUUGCAGAAAUGGAAUAGCGGCGCCUUUCUUCAUCUCGAGUCAUUACCGGAGACCAUGGGAGACAUGUAUAUUUAUUGCAAAGGUUCAGACAAAAGAUAGCGCGUGCAGUCGUGCGGGGACCAGUUGACGAAUCAAAGCGAACUUACUUCACUACCAGCCUUUUCCUUUGUUGUAUUCUGGGUUUAUCCAUCACUUGGCUAAUCACCAUGAAAUAUAAAUCCUUUUUUGAGCAUACUAAAAAUCAUCUGCCUUGCUAUUGU